CACGUGAGGGCAGGUCACGUGCGGGGCCCGCGGGGCUAGGGGCUCGGCUUCUGGAGAUCUGCGGGCCUGAGCGGGUGUGGUCCUCGCAGUCCGCAGGUCCGCCGAAGUGCACGGCCGGGAUGAUGAACCAGGCGAUUCCAGACCAGGAGCGGGCGCCGGCGUCUGAGUCAGUGUGGGAGCGGCCCUGGUCUUUGGAGGAGAUCCGCCGGAGCAGCCAGAGCUGGUCGCUGGCAGCCGACGCGGGCCUACUGCAGUUUCUACAGGAAUUCUCACAGCAGACUAUCUCUAGGACGCAUGAAAUCAAGAAACAAGUGGACGGACUAAUUCGUGAAACUAAAGCCACAGAUUGUCGCCUACAUAAUGUCUUCAAUGACUUUCUUAUGCUGUCUAAUACCCAGUUCAUUGAGAAUCGUGUGUAUGAUGAAGAGGUGGAGGAGCCAGUUCUCAAGGCUGUGACAGAAAAAACAGAACAGGAGAAGACUCGGGAACAGAAAGAAGUAGACCUGAUUCCUAAAGUUCAGGAGGCCGUGAACUAUGGUUUACAAGUGUUGGACAGUGCAUUUGAGCAACUAGAUAUAAAAGCAGGAAACUCCGACUCUGAAGAAGAUGAUGCUAAUGAACGGGUGGAGCUGAUUCUCGAACCAAAGGAUCUAUACAUUGAUCGUCCUUUACCUUAUUUGAUUGGGUCAAAGCUGUUCAUGGAGCAGGAAGAUGUAGGUCUUGGAGAGCUGUCUAGUGAAGAAGGGUCAGUGGGCAGUGAUCGUGGUAGCAUUGUGGACAGCGAAGAAGAGAACGAAGAGGAGUCAGAUGGAGAUUUUGCCAAUCAUACAGACAAUGAUCAAAAUCGGCACACGGCACAGGCGAGUGAUGAGGAAGAGGAUGACGAUGGUUGUGACAUUUUUGCUGACUCUGAGAAGGAGGAGGAAGAUACUGAGGACAUUGGAGAAAAUACUAGGCCUAAAAGAAGUAGACCAACGUCGUUUGCUGAUGAGCUGGCCGCCCGCAUCAGAGGAGAUGUUGCAAACCAACUGGCAGAGGAGCGGACAGCCUUAUCUCCAGAAGCAAAACCUAAGAAGACACCGAGAGAGAAGAAGGAAAGAACUCCCUCAGAUGAUGAAGACGAGAACUUGUUCUCACCACCCAAGCUGACUGAUGAAGACUUCUCACCAUUUGGCUCAAGAGGUGGCCUGUUCAGUGGAGGGAAAGGACUUUUUGACGAUGAGGAUGAGGAGAGUGACCUCUUCAGGGAAGCCCCCCAAGACCGAGAGGCUCGAGCCCCAGUUAGUGAAGUGUCUUCAUCUUCCAAACCCAGAAAGAAAAUCCCAGCAGUUUCUGUAUUUUUAGGGGAUGCUGAUGUGUUUGGUACAACCUCUGCUCCAUCACUGAAGGAGCCCCAGAAACCCGAGCAGCCCACCCCAGGGAAAAGCCCGUACCUCCCAGCGCCCACUGGCCUCUUUGAUGAUGACGACGACGAUGACUUUUUUGCAGCAUCCUCUGGCAAACCUACCAAGACAGACAAAAUCAAAUCCACUGCCAAUAUCUUUGAUGAUGAGGAAGAUCUGUUCAAAGAAAAAGCAGCAGCUUUGUCAGAAGCAGCUGUGACUCAGACAGAUGAAAAUAAAGCAAGAGCAGAAAAAAAGGUUACCCUGCCUUCCAGCAAAAAUCUCAAGCUCUUGCCAGAAACAAAGCCUCAAAAAGGUUUAUUUUCAGAUGAGGAAGACACUGAGGAUUUGUUUUCUUCUCAAAAUGUGAGUAAGUCAAAAGACGCAGCUGUCCUGCCUAGCAAACUCCCCAAGUCAGUUUCGCUUUUCGAUGAUGAAGAUGAAGAGGAUAAUCUUUUUGGGGCUACCGCUGCUAAGAAGCAGACAUCAUCUCUACCCACUCAAAGCCAAGAGAAAGCAAAACCCUCUGAGCCCUCCAAAAAGAAAGCAUCUGCCUUAUUGUUCAGCAGUGAUGAGGAGGACCAGUGGAGUAUUACUGCUUCACAGACCAACUCAGCACCUGACAACAGGUCUAAAGGAGAACUUAGGGACUCUGGGACCACUCACAACCAGGAGACCAGGGCUGUGAAAAAGACCAGCUUGUUUGAGGAAGACAACGAAGAUGAUCUGUUUGCUAUUGCUAAGGACAGCCAGAAGAAGAUCCAGAGGGCAUCUCUCCUCUUUGAAGAUGAUGACGCUGACAGUGGAAGCUCUCUGUUUGGCUCUCCUCCCACAUCUGUUCCUCCAGCAACAACGAAAAAAGAGCCUGCCCCUGAGGCACCACCUCUGCUGUUCAGCGAUGAAGACGAGAAGGAGGCACAGUUUGGAGUGAGGCCCAUGGGCCAGAAGGUUGAGAGUGCCAACGAAUCAUCAGGAUUUGGGAGAACACAUGUGGUGGACAAGUCAGAAAAGGAAGGAUCUUUGACUGUAUCUACUCAGAUAGCAGGCAAGCAUCCUGAUUUAUUUUCUUCAUCAUCCUCAUUGGACAAAGGAACCAAAAGUAGAACCAAAACUGUUCUUAGCUUAUUUGAUGAGGAAGAGGAUAAAACAGAAGAUCAAAACAGCAUCCAAGCUCCAAAGAAAGAAGUAGGAAAGAGUCCCGAUCCUGAUGCUCGUCCCAAGAGCACAGGUGUCUUUCAGGAUGAAGAGCUCCUUUUUAGUCACAAGCUCCAGAAGGACAAUGACCCAGAUGUUGACCUUUUCUCUGGCACCAAAAAAACCAAGUUGCUAGAGCAAAGUGCUGGGAGCCUGUUUGGAGAUGAUGAAGAUGAUGACCUUUUCAGCUCUGCGAAGUCCCAGCCUUUGAUACCAGAAAAGAAGAGGGUAGUGAAAAAAGACCACUCUUUCUCCUAUUUCAAGAACCAGAAACAUCCUGAAUCCACUCAAGGUAUCAAAGAAAAAAGCAUGUGGAAACCGGAAAUUCCUCAGGACUCACCAGGUCUUGCUCCAUUUAAAACCAAAGAGCCAUCCCCUCGGAUCUGCAAAUUACAAGCAAAUUUAGCGAUUAACCCAGCGGCCUUGCUGCCUGCAGUGGCUCCCCAGAUCUUGGGAAUGAAUCCUGCUUUGCCAGAAUUGGCUUUUCCUUCAUCUGAACCGGGGAGAACCCACAGUCUGGAAAGUAUGCCCACUCUCCCUGGGAGUAUGGAAGCUGGAGUGAGCUUUGAUCUCCCAGCUCAGGCCGACACCUUGCACAGUGCAAACAAGAGCCGGGUGAAAGUGAGAGGAAAGCGCAGGCCACAGACUCGUGCAGCUCGGCGCUUGGCUGCACAGGAGUCCAGUGAGGCUGAGGACAUGAGUGACCCCAGAGGAUCCGCUGCUCAAUUGGGAGAAGGUGCCAUUUCGCCAGAGGGCCAUCAGCCACAGCCCAGGACAGCUGGUGGAAAAGAUAGCUCUGAGGAUGCCAUGGCAGCAACCACUUCAAUUUGGACAGGUGGUCCAGUGCCUGGAGUGGACAGAAGCUCCUCUGCGAAAUUUCUGGGUCAACCUCUUGGAGAUGACCUUUUUGAUUCUGGAGAUACCUUUUCCAAAGGUACUGGAUCUCAGUCCAUGGGGAGAAGAAAAGCCAAGGCAAAGGCAGUUGACAGCCCAGCCAACCCGCCAGGGGGAAGUAAAGAAAAGAACCCCAUGUUUGCUGCUCCGGGCCAGGCAGGUAGUGAUGAUGAUCUCUUUCAGCCUGUUAAGCCAAAACCAGCAAAGAAAACAAAUCCCUUCCCUCUCCUGGAAGAUGAGGACGAUCUCUUUCCAGAUCAGAAAGCCAAGAAGAAUGAUUCAAAGUCCAACAGUCAGCAGGGUGUCAUCUCAAAAGCACAAGAUAUUUUUGAGGAUGAUAUAUUUGCUACAGAAGCAAUUAAACCCUCACAAAAAACAAGAGAGAAGGAAAGAACAUUUGAACCCAGCCUGUUUGAUGAUAACAUUGAUAUCUUUGCCGAUCUAACUGUAAAACCAAAAGAAAAGUCCAAAAAGAAAGUGGAAGCUAAGUCUAUAUUUGAUGAUGAUAUGGAUGAUAUCUUCUCCUCUGGUAUCCAGGUUAAGACAACAAAACCAAAAAGUCGACCUGCACAGGCAGCACCUGAACAGAGAUCUGAGCAGAAGGUGCCCAACGUGUUUGAUGACCCUUUGAAUGCCUUUGGAGGCCAGUAGAGCGUUCAGGGUGUCACAUCUCGCCCUUCAGCUACAUCCUUGCAUUAAUGAUGCUGUCUUAUGCGUUCAUUGUCUUCACUGAAUUGUAAAAAGGAAAUAGUGAAACAGCGCACUCACCUUUUACCAGACGCACUUAGUAUUUUUCUGCAUUGGUUUUAAUCAUGCUUAAUAUUGAAAAACAAAAAUAAAUGUUUCACAGUGCUU